AUGUUGAUGAAGACCGUACUCAUGAAUUUUGAACAGAAGGUAUUCUUCUCAAAAACGUUCCUCGAGCACUACGAUGACAUUUACGCUGAGUUUAUUGAUGACGAUCAUGACAUCGAUAUUUCUGUAGUUAGCCUAACCGUGCAAUUUUUGACGGUCCCCAGCAUAGCAAGACGUUUGAUUGCUGAAGAUGGUGCUAUGCGGACAGUGUUUACAACGCUCAUGAAACACACCGAUAAAUUCACCAAAGAAGCCCCUAACGAUUUGUCUCGUUUUGACUUUGCUAAACACUCCUUCCCGGUCACUGUGAGAAGAGGGAUUCAUAUGAUGCGUGAUCUAGCGUAUAUUCUAACUUGCGUUCCUUCGAAAGCAGAUUGGAACGAUCAAUUAAGAGAACGCUUUAUAGAAGGAUGUCAAUCUCUGAUACAAUUUUUGCAUCGUAUGCAGGGGAUGGAUGAAGUGAAACGACUCUCUGUAGAACAUCAAGUUUGGGAAUUGGAAUGGGAAACAGCAUUCAACAUUCAACUUCGCAUACAGGAUAGUCUGGGCUACGUUAUCGCUUGGGCGGGAUCUGACCGUGCAACCCAUCGUGCAUUCUUACGUCUUUGCCUUGAUGCACUUCUGCUUCACCCUCCUUCAUGCUUGGAAGAGCCGGCAGGGGCUACUCACACUGUCGUUGAUGUCAACGGAGAAUCAACAGUUAUAAGUCCAUUUGACGUUCUGCGUGGUGCUGUAUCUAUUCCAUCAGCCGUUGUGGUUGGAGCUGCGAUACGUCCACCAACGGAUUUUCUGCUGCACAUCAUAUGCCGAUUCCGAUUAGUGCAGUGGGCUGAUCAAUCUGGUGAUGGAGGGUCAAAGCAUUCCACUCCAUUUGGAAAAAUGGAGCCUGAAGAAACUGGAAAAAUCAUAGUCAUAUUGGCGGAGGAAAUGCUGCAUUUACUUAUUAUGAUACUUGGUGAACGAUACCAUCCUGGUGUGGGAAAAUGCACGUUCACGGAACAAGUGCAACGUGAAGUAAUCCAUGUGCUCUGUACAGGACCACAACCCUUCAGCCACAUUCAAAAGCGGAUGUCUCACGAUCCUAUGGUGGAGCGCAUAUCUCUGCAUGAAGUCGUUAACAGUGUCGCCAACUUCGUAAAGCCAACAACAACGUCUGCUGGACAGUUUCAUUUGAAAGAUUCUUUACUCACCGAAUACAACCCGUUUUUCUACCACUACUCGAAGAGCGACUUGUCACAGGCCGAACAAUAUCAGCAGAAAAUCCGCUCGAAACUCGAUCGGAAGUUACAAGCGUGUCCACCGCCUGUUCCCAUCGAAUUUGAGCCAUUCUUCGCCUCUGUUCGAAAUAUAUUAAAGACCCCAUGUCUUAUCAAAAUCCUGAAGCUCGUUUUGGAUAGAACAGGAAAGCGGAGCCGUUUCUCGAGUGAUCGUCUUUUCCAUAGGAGCCUCCCUUGA